CGUCAUCCUGUAUUAAAUAUCUCUAAGUGAGAGUAGGUUAGGUAGCAUCUUUAGUUCUUCGUUUUUAUACGAACACCAAGAUAUUCCUUACCUGUCGUUCAACAAAUACAUCCAAAUUCCAAUCUCUUACUGGCGCUACCAAACACUUCACUUCUAGAGCUCGCGGCAGCUCCGAAACCACCAGGUCGGACUCGCCGGCGAAGCGAAUCAAAAUGGGCCUAAUCAAGUCAGCCCUGGGAGACGGAAUCUUGACCUCGAUGUGGGUCUUCUCCGUCCCACUCCUCGUAAUCUCCUCCGCCGCCGUAUCCUCCUUUGCCGGCGUCGAACCCAAAUCCCUCGCCGCCAUCUUCAUCACCGUCAACGUCGCGGCCGCCUUCGUCCUCUUCUUCAGCACAAUCGGAUCCCUCCUCGGCGGCGCCAGCUUCAACCCAACUACCACCGUCUCCCUCUACGCUGCCGGCCUCAAACCGGACGCCUCCCUCUUCUCGAUCGCCGCCCGGUUCCCGAUCCAGGCGGCCGGCGGGGUUCUCGGCGCCAAAGCAAUCGGGAAAUUCCUCCCUGCCAAAUUCAGGCACGUGCUCGGUGGGCCGUCGCUGAAAGUGGAUCUCCACACCGGAGCAAUCGCCGAGGCAGCUCUGAGCUUCGUGCUCUGCCUGGCCCUGCUGUCGAUUAUGGUCAAAGGGCCGAAAAAUUACCUGGUCAAAGUUUGGCUCUUGGCCGUGGUAACUGUGGGGUUGAUUUUUACAGGAGGUAAGUUCACUGGACCUUCUAUGAACCCUGCAAAUGCUUAUGGAUGGGCGUACGUGAACAAUCGGCACAACAAUUGGCAGCUCUUUUAUGUGUAUUGCAUUUCGCCGCUUGUCGGAGCGAUUUUGGCUGCUAGGGUGUUCAAGUUGCUGUUCAAACCUUCUUCUCCAACUCCCAAGGAUAAGAAAGAGUAGACCUUUUUAUGUUGUGAACUCCGCAGCAAGAAUUUGUACCAGUUAAAAUCGUUUGAUUGUUGCUAGCUUAGGGUUCCUUUGUGGCUCUAAUUACAGCUAGGUGAAGCCAUGCUGAUGAAAAUUUGGGGACAUGUUAUGUAUGGUGGUGCAUGUAAUGUAAAUUUUUAUGGAUUGAAUGAAGUUUUUAUCAUAUCUUUCUCACAGAUGAAGUAUGAUUGUAGUAAUACAUAGUGUUGAAGAAAAGGUAAUCAGAGAAGUUCACUGUGGCUAUGAAGUUGGAGGGGCUAAAAUGGGUUCUGGCCUUCUGGGUGCCACUUAGCCAUUAUUGUCAGAGUCGGUUGAAAGUCACGAUCCAAUGGUGAUGUAAGACAGCAACAUAAAUAGUAAAGGCAUUAUUAUAUGAUAAUAUUCCCAAAUAAGCUUGAGCAAGGUGGAGCAAGAACAAUGGACUCACUUGCAGAAGGAGCAGUCAAGCUAGCAUCCAAAUCGCUCAAACCCAACAAAUUGUUAAUUUGAAUCUCGCUGAAAGGGAAAUACCGAAACAGAUGAAGAGAGGAAGUAAAAGAAACAUUAGAACACUGAAGUUUUUGGAUGGGGGAACUCCUUUUUGAGAGCCUUCAACUCAGCAGGCUGAAGCCAAUCAUCAAAGCUUGAUCAUCAGGCGCCGCGACAGUCGUCGAAAAGGGCCAACUUCUCUAACUCUGAAUCGGAAUGGGUAGCAGCAAGAAGCUCCAUAGCUGCUGACAAUUUUCUGGGAUCCUGAGGGAUUCUGUAUUUUGUGCUUUCUUUUGGGAAAGGAGUUAAAAGACAUUGCUAUGUAUAUAGUUUGAAAAGAAAGGAGAGGGAGGCAU